GUAUAUAUAUUAAUGAGUUUUGUUUUUGCAAGGCUUCUAUCAAAACAUGAAAGGCACUAUGUUUUGUGCAUCACAAGCAUCAACAGCUACGGCUAACCACAACGAACGGAGCGUCAUGGCACGAGCCAUCGACCGUCAUAAUCCCAUUAUCAAAGAUGGUAGGAGAUCUUUCACGGCACCGUGCUCUUCCGGCGACGAUUACAUUGCACCGUACCGUCAACUUUCGAAAAUUACGAGAAUACCCUCGUCCCCCUCCCCUUCAGGUGACGGGAAGAUGAUUCAGGUGGAUAAGGGAAGGAAGAGUACUUCAGGGUCGUUGUUGAAGCUACUUAGCAGUGAUAAUAUUAGCUUAGCGAGGAAGAGUAUUGGCUGUUUUGACGUUACCAAGAGUACCCCACCUGGUUCUACUAGGUAUCUUCUUGGAACCGAUCCUGCUUCUUUAUCCGGUUCUACGGGUAAGGAUAUGGUUGUGUCGGAGGAAGGUGAACCUUCUGAGGCAAGAAGAGGCUCCGGUGCUGCCGUGGAAGAGAAGAAGACGGCUUCUUCUGGUUCAGACCAGCAGGUGGUUGUUCUGAGAGUGUCUCUACACUGUCAGUGCAGAGGGUGUGUAGGCAAAGUGAAGACACAUCUAUCUAGAAUGCAAGGUGUAACAUCAUUCAACAUAGAUUUUGCUUCAAAGAAGGUGACUGUUACUGGAGACAUCACCCCCUUACAAGUAUUGGGUUGCCUCUCAAAGGUCAAAAAUGCUCAGUUCUGGACACCACCUCCUCCAUCGUCACUCUCAAGUGCCAAUCCAGAGAACUAAAAAAGAACACACACUCUUGAGUAUUUGUAGGCCUAAGUAUUUGUAUUCUCUCUCCCUGGUUUGUAUUGAAUCAUAUCAAUGGUAAAAGUUGAGACUUACCCAACUCCAUUUUCAAUGGCCAUUGAUAAAGACCUAGAACUAUUAUUUAGAUGAUGAUUAAUGCUUUUCA